UGUUAACACGAGUUUAUCGUUUUAUCUUUUCCGUGUUUAGUUUACGACUAACAUGAGUAUUAUUUUCACUCCAUCACUAUACCCACUGUAAAGUGUGGGAGUUUAAACCAGUAUAUAUUCGUGCUAAUUCCGUUGUCUUUUGUGUAAUCUGUUUUAUCCAAUUCAGGUUAAUGUACUCAGCGCCGAAUCACUGUUGGUAACUACCUGCUCUUAUUAUCACGGUUUAUCUUUUUCUUGCCAUUUGCAAUUGUACUUCAAAUUUCUCAUUACAAUAUUAAAUUUGAGGAUCACUUUGCCGAGUCUUUAUUAUUACUGUUUUUGAAUAUUUCCAGUUAGAAUGUCUCAUUCUCCUGAAAGUGCAAUAGUUCAUGGAAAUAUUGCGAAUGGUGGUACUGAAUUAGAAAAGAAAUUACUCAACUUGAAGCUUCCUUUUAAUGAUAUUGACGAUGUUUAUUUAUCCUCAAAUUUCAACGAAUUAGAUCGUAGCUCACAUGUUUCAGUGGUUAUGUCGGAACGAGUUCAGUGUAUAGCUUCUGGUAUAUACAAAGAGUUUGAAACUAUGAUUGAGGCUUAUGGAUUACCCGUUGUUGAACGUUUAAUGCCAUUAAUAAUCAGUCUACUAGAAAAUUUGGAUGAACUAUAUAAAGAUCAAUCUGCAUACCACGCUGAAGUCAGACAAUUACGUGAAGAGAAUGAGCAUAUUUAUGACCAACUUACUGCUGAAAAGGCUGCUCGAAAACAGUCCGAAAUGCGUUUACUAAAUGCAGAGGAUGCUUUUGAUGAAGAGAGAAAGGUGAAUGAGGCAAAAAAUGAGUCAUUAUCCACAUCUUGUCGGCAAACGGAAUUGAGACUUCAGUUGGCUAAAGAUCAAGUUUCACGUUUAGAGGUGAAAGAACAAGAAUGGAAAAAAGAAGAGAAUCGUCUACAUGAACAUCUAAAUGAAUUAAUACGUUCUAAUGUUGAAUUAACUGAACAAAUUAAAUUUAUUAAUCAUAAUAACAAUAGUCAAGAACAAUCAAGAAAUACAUUGAAUAAUUCUAUUCAGAGAAAUUCACCACGUAAAUUAUCAAUGAAUUCAUCUAAGUAUAAUUUAACUGGAUCAACUAAUCAUGAUCAAGGCCCAACAAUAGAUGGAUCAUCUACAGUUCAUUCCAAUUCACUUGGUGUUGGCUAUGAUACUACUGGCGGUGGAUUUGAGUUUGAUGAACUUCCAAAUACUCUGGAGUCGGAAGGUGGUGGUCUAAAUGUCGACGAUGAUCUACCUGCUGGUAUGCGUAAAGAGAUUGAUGUGUUGAUCAAAGAGAAUAUGGAACUUGUUGAAAUGAAAAAUGCUCUCAAUGUUGUGAAAGACGACCUACUAGCCAGAAUUGACCAUUUAACAUCUGAGAAUAUAUCAUUACGUGAAUCAGUAGAUAUGUUAACUGAUUCACGUAUUCGUUUACAAAGUGAAUUAACUAAUACUGAUCAAUUAUUAAAUGAUGCACGUUCAGAAAUAAGUCAAUUAACUGAAAAAUUAUCAUUAUAUCAAGAUAAACCAAAUGUAGAAUCAACUAAUUCCGCUCAAGUUAAACGUUUUACACGAUCCGAAAUGGCACGUAUUCUAGCUGAACGUAAUCAUUAUAAAGAACGUUUAUUAGAAUUACAAGAUGCUGUACGUUUUACAGAAACUUUACGUGUCAGUCAAAAAGGACAUCGUGAACUAUUCAUGACUAAAACACCGACAAUACAACAAUAUAAAUUUGAUUCAAAUAGUCCAGUUAGUGGUCCAUUACAAAGUCUGCAAAAGUUCUUCUCUUCAUUUACUUCUGGUCAACGUUCUGAAAAUUCAAAUGAAUUACUUCAAAAUGUUGGAAAUGAGUUGUCAAUUCAUGGCACAGAUAAUUCCUUAUCAUGGAUUACAUUGUCAACAACAUGUGCUAAUUCCCCAAUUUACGGGUGGGCAACUGGAAAACAAUCGGACCGUAAAUUCAGUAGUAAUAAUAAUACUAACAAUAAUAAUGGUGGUGUUAUUCAAAGUAACAAUGAUUCUGUUGAUGAUAAUGCACAUUCUAAUGUACCAGUCCCCAUUCAAUGUAGAACAAUUGGUGGUUUGCAUAAAAAAAACUUAGAAAUAUGUACAGCACUUACUGUUCCAAUCGCAUCCUUGAACUGUAAUUCCAAACCUAAAUAUCAUUUAUGGCUGAUUGGUCGUGGUGGUUCAGGAGAUUAUCCGAAUUCCAAUGAUUCUUCACUAUCAGUAAAUCGUGGUUAUCUUGGACAAGUGCACAUAUUUGAACCAACUAAAUUCACUCAACCUAUUAAUAGUUUUGAUUUAGAUAAUGGUUUCUUGCCGACAGCAGCUGUUUAUGUAAAAUACAAUGAAGCUACAUUAACUUCUCCAUCCUCAAUUGAAUUAACCUCAAAUCAUGAAUACACUGAAUUUACAUGGGAUAUCAAUGAAUCUUAUGAUAAUAAUAGUAGUAGUAAUAUGGAUGAGACAAUUUGUAAUAAGAAUAAUGAUGGUUGCGUAAUUUUAGCGUCAAAUGAUGGACGAUUUCUAGUUUAUAGAUUAUGUUAUAGCAUAAAGUCAACCAAUUCGUCUGAUGUGGCCAAAAAUAAUGACGAUAAUAAUAGUAAUUAUAGUGACCAAAUUGUUUCAAGUCAUUUCAAUGUUGUUGGCUUACCACAAUUAAUUUAUCGAUUUAAAACAAAUAGUCAAGGUUUAGUGGCUAAUGGAAUGAUUUCACGUGAUAAUUAUGUGUGUAUUGGUCUAUUCAAUUCACUUGGUACAACUCAUAUUGUUUGCUUUCAAUGGCCAUUAACAUUUAUGCAAAAUCAACAUAAUCAUACCGUAAAUACAUCAUCUUCAAUGAUUACUUCUGCUUCCAACAAAAUACAAACAAAACAUAAACUCAUUAAUAUACCGUAUGAAUCUUUAUCAACUGGUCCGUUAAUUAUGGCUUCUUCGUUUUCAUCCUCCACUUUGUCUUCUUCUAAUCCUUGUUCUACUCUGAAUGAGAAUAAUAUUUCUUCAAUAAAUGACUAUAUUUGGCUUGGUACAGCUGGUGGUGGUCAUUGUUAUUGUUUAGACGUGCAAUCUGGUGAUUUUAUAACAAGUUUAGCAUUACCAAAUGAAACACCAUGUCUACAUGCAAUAUGCAUUAAACCGUCUACAACAGGAUUGGCCGACAUUGUUUGGUUAGCUGUAUCUGGCAAUCCUACAAUUUGUACAUCAUGUGAGAAAAUUUCAACAUCUACAACCGAUAGUAAUCGUAGUAAUAUUGAUAAUAAAGACAUUGAUGAUGAUGUAAUCGUUAAUCAAAAAAAGUGUCAACAUAAUGUAAAUAGUGGAGUAAGUGUUGGAAUGGCACGUCUAUUAGGAUGUUGUCCUAAACAAAAGUGUAUUCUACGUCAAAUUGAUUUAACCAAUUCAUUGUCUUCAAUGUUAGAUAUGGAAAAUGUUACAGAUCCGAUUGAUUUAACUAUAUGUCGUCUACUUAUUAUACCACUGACUAGUGAUCAUGAAAUAUGGUUUGCUACUCGUUCUGGUCUUAUUGCUCGUUUACGUUUGGAUUACUCCAAGUAUAAACAUUCAUCAAAUGAGGUUGAAUUGUCCAAAACUUCUUCAAUAACAAUCAGUUGUCAUGGUUAUCGACGUCCCGUAUGCAAUUUACUAUUAAUUCAUCAAAUUUGUCAAAAAGCGAUUAACAAUGAAGACUUGAGUUAUUUAAUUGUAUCAGUUGGACAUGAUUAUGUAGAUCUGAGACAAAUUCAAGAACAAUCUGAACAGAAAGAUGAACAACAAACUUAUCUUCCAGUUGAUCAAGCUUCUAGCAUGAGGAUUCAUGUUAAUCGUUCACGUCAAAUGGGUUCAGGUGCUCAUGCUAUUGUUUGGAGACUAACCGAUUUAUCUCAUUAA